UACAUGCGGACAACUCUUUCAUGUCCAUACUCGCACAGGUGCAGGUCAUUUCUGUCAGUAUUUUUUCGAUAAUCUGCUUUGUUACGCAACAACGUUCGGAAUAUGAAAUAUUUGAUGUAAUUCAGCGAUUUAUUCAUAUCUAUAAGCAAAUUUCAGCGAAGACGAAUGCUAAGGCAAUGCUGGGAUGAACAUUUGUAAUGUGUAUAAUAUUGAAGCUCAUUCUUAGUGGAUUGGGCCUAAUAUACGAGAUCCCCUUGAUAUUCGAGAGCGGAGUUAGUGGCUCUUUAUUGGCAGGCGUUUACCUUUGGCUGGGUAGAAUAUACAUGUUGGACUGUUGCUUUGUCGGCUUUUUGGUUAUCAGACAAAUGUAUGUCGAAAUGGCUGCACAUCUGGCGCAAAUGAUUGAUACAAUGAGGAUCAUUGAUGCCGAACAGCCACCACACAGGCGCUUAACCAACCAUCAACGCAUGAAGCUUUUAUGCAUUCAUGCCGAGAGUAUCGACGAAAGCAGUGUCAUUUAUACUUCGUUGUACAAGGUUACACAGCGGUUUUAUCACAUUUUCCGCUGGCAGAUAUCCUUCUACAUUUACUACAACUUUGUGAUUAUUCUGAUGCAGUUACAUCAGUUUAUAUUGCGUUACUUUCAUACGGGCUAUAUAGACUUGCUGUCGUUGUUCUCUUCUGUUUUCAAGCUCUGUAAUUUGGUCCUGUUAAUUAUGUGUGCCGAUGCCGUAGUGGCAAAGUCACAAUUGCCCGAUUCACUGGAUUUGGAUUUAAUUUGCUCAGAUAUCGAUGAACGUUGGGAUGUAAGCGUUGAAACGUUCAUUUGUCAACGCAAAGUGGAAAAUCUAGAAAUUAGUGUUUUGGGUUUCUUUCACCUCAAUAAUGAGUUCAUUCUAGUCAUUAUAUCGGCCAUUAUGUCUUACCUCUUUGUACUAAUUCAGUUUGGAAUGACAAAGAACUCGGUAGCAGCCGGCCAUGCGUACCCGCACCACACUCUGAAUCAUAGCUAAAAUCGUACAAGUAUUUAUUUGGCACCUUGUUGCAAGAUAGCAACUUGUACAUCAUCAUUUAAAUUAAAUUUGAAUUGUUUUUAUAAUCACAGCGA